AUGGCUUUGGCAUCUGGCCACCGAUUGUGUGCCACUUUCUGGGAUACCCUUCUACCCUUAAUCAACAAUCCUAAAUUGCCGUUGGGUUCCUCGACAUUCACAACCGGGCUCUCCCAGAAGAGAUUUCCAAUAUCAACCCAUCGACCCCGCCUUUUCACUUCACUAUCAUCCACAACAUCGACUCGAUGGUAUCCCAGAUCAAAAUACGUGGUAUCCCGGGGCUUUGCUGGGUUUUGCGUAUGGACAAACGUCACUCCAACAGCGGCUUCGGAAACGACAUCAUGUGCCGUUAGCACAGCAGACAGAGGAAUACUUUCCAGUGGAGUCCUCGACCGCCGGAAAAUAAUCCGAAUUGCGGGCUCAAGUUGGGCGCGGAGCCUACACAUCGGUCAGAAAGCUCCCAAGCCGAAGGUUCCUACGAAGAGAAAUAGUUCCUGGGCGCCGAAAGGGAAGGUGAAUAGUGGCAAGGCUGGGUCUGGAGACCGGGGUUCUGGUGGAAGGAAUCGAAGGAUCGGGAACGGCCGGACAGCAGAGGAGAUGGGGGAGAAGAGCAAUACUAACAACAAUGCCCCCGAUAAUACAGUCAAUCGGCAUCGGCUUUCGAAGGACGAGAUGCUGGCGGCUGCCACUGGUUUCCUUCAACGGUUGAGCAUACGCACUAAAUGGCUAGCUAUACGGCAAAUGAGGCCUUACAAUCUGGAUGAUAUCGGGGCGUUCUUUUCAUGGCUGUUCCUUGGCCACGUGCUUUGGGUUGUGCUGGGUACUACGACGUUUGUUUCACUGACGAUAUUCUUGUGCAAUACUGUAUUUGCGCAGGAAACGCUCGCUGGGGCUGUCGGGAACUAUCUUACGAGAGAAACUGGGGUCAAGAUAGUUUUUGAGUCUGCUAUUGUUCCUCGGUGGAAGGAUGGGUGCAUUUCGUUCAAGAAUGUGUUUGUCGCUAGGAGACCUGGCCAUGGCAAGUACGGAGACAAGAAUGUUCAAAAGGGUUCCUCAGUGACUGCCGCCGCCGCCGCUGCAGCGGCAGUUCACGCAGACGAUGCUAAUUCUAAGGAUGCCCAACACCGCCGCCAAGAAGAAGUAGAGGAGGAAGACACAAAUUACACACAAUUUGACGUAACAAUAGACACCGUCAACGUAACACUCUCCUUUGCGAAAUGGAUGAAUGGAAAGGGCCUCCUAAAGGACGUCGAAAUCAAGGGUGUUAGAGGAGUGAUUGACCAAACACAUGUUUGGGAUGAUGUAGACCCCCGCGCUUUCAAGUACGAGCACCAGCCAGGAGACUUUGAAAUUGACUCCUUCAAACUCGAAGACUUGCUAGUGACGGUCCACCAGCCCGACGGUUUCCGUCCCUUCUCGGUAAGUAUCUUCUCCUGCGACCUCCCGCAGCUCCGAAAACAAUGGCUCUUCUACGACUUUCUUAGCGCAAAUAUGAUGUCCGGCUCCUUCGACGACUCACUCUUCACCAUCCACCCCCGACAAACCCACGUGAUCGGCCCGGAGUCACUAAACGGCAACAACGGUAAUGAAAACAGCUCCCAGGCCUGGAAAAAGACUUCCAGACUGCGGAUCGACGGUUUAGGAAUCGACCACCUAAACCGCGGCGUCGAGGGACCCUUUUCCUGGAUUCAGCAUGGAAACGUGGACAUUGUAGCAGAUAUCAUGUUCCCAACGGACGACGAUCUACAAUUCACAAAAGUGGUCCAGCACAUUGUCGAACGCAUGGAAGCCACCGUCUCCCCCCCCUCCUCUUCAUCCUCCAAUCGCCGGGAUCCCUCCUCCUCUGACCAAAAAUUCGUGAUAAUGGACCUCCGAAUCCAACUAAACGACGUCCGCGCCGCAGUCCCGCUGUUCAGCAAAGACUUAUCAUACGUCAACAGCGCCCUCAUCCGGCCCAUUGUGGCAUACAUUAACUCCAGGAGGACCUAUAUCCCCAUCAACUGUCGUGUCAUCAAGCGUGCUAACGAGUUCGACGGGAGCUGGACCAUGUACGAUUCUGGCCUUGUGGAGGAGGUUUCUGCUGAGACAUAUGCUGCAUUCGCGAGAGAUGCUAUAGAUCAUCAAGCACGGGGAAGGAGGUUUAAGAAGGUGGGGCUUUGGUCGCUACAGCUUGCGGCACAGGCACUAUUGAUGGCAAUGGCGGGAAAUCUAGCUUAG